AUGAGUCUGAAUAUUUGGAUGCUUUCUCACCCGGAUGUUACUGUUAAUAUGGUGUUUUGCUCUGAGCAGGUGAUUAUUUCAGAUUGCAGUUGGCAGAAUCUGGUCUUCCGAAUUGGGAUCAUCCAUGGGGCUAACUGUCAUAUACAACGUCGUUUUUUGUGGCUCUAUCUUCUCAGCUAUAUGGACAGCAACACGGUCUUUAUAGGUGACUUCAAUGCCGUCAAGGGUGCUCAUGAGCGUAUCAGUUCUUGUAGACCGAAUUACACGGUGUGUCAGGAUUUUAAGGAUUUUAUUGAGGCCACGUUUUUCAUUGAGGCGCCGACUACUGGCCUCAAGUUUACUUGGUCGGGCCGUCGUUUCAUGCCGCGUCAUGUUGAAUCCAUAUUGGAUAGAGCUCUCUACUCCGAGGAUUUUGCGAAGCUCUGGGGCUCGGUACAUGCACAUGUGUUGCCCCAUAUCACGUCGGAUCACUCUCCCUUGAUCCUGAAAUGUCAGAAUCCGACCACUCAACAUCAGAACUUCUUUAAGUUUCUUAAUAUGUGGAUCUUGCAUCCUGACUUUCAUGAAGUGGUGCGAAAUUCUUGGAAUCAGGACUAUGAUACCACCUGUCCUAUCUUUAGAGUCAUGGCUAAGCUUAAGCGUCUUAAGCAUGUCCUAAAGGAUUGGAACAAGAAUACGUUUCGAAAAGUGGACAUCAUGCUUGCUGAUUUUCAGCAGGAGCUCCUUGAAAUACAACAAAUCAUCUCGAGAGACGGAUAUACAGAGGAUUUGUUCACCAAGGAAACUCAGGCUCAAGCUAAAAUUAAUGUCACCCUGACUAAGAAAUCCAGUUUCUUACAGCAGAAAAGUAGAGUCAAAUGGUUACAGGAUGGGGAUAGAAAUACCACCUUUUUUCAUAAUAUGCUUCGCUACAAGCGCCGACACCAGAAUAUCGAGAGUCUUAUUAUUAACGGCACGAUGAUUCAUGAUGAUACUGUCAUUGUCCAGCAUGUUGUUCAGUUCUUUACCAACCUUUUCGCUAGCACUUGCUCGAGUGACAACUGUCUGGCUGACAUUCAAGCUCUUUUGGAUCAUUUGAUAUAUAACUCUCAGAAUGCUCUAUUAGCUCGUAUCCCUGAUGAAGAGGAGAUCAUUGCUGCUGUUUUUGACAUGGAUGCUGAGAGUUCUCCUGGGCCGGAUGGUUUUACGGAUAAGUUUUUCCAUUCUUGUUGGCAGAUUAUCAAGGUUGAUAUUAUAGGUGCGGUUCGGGUGUUCUUUCAGAGAAGCUAUCUUCCCUCUGGAUGUAAUGCUAGCACUCUUAUCCUCAUUCCCAAGAAGGAUAAAAUCUCCUCUGUCACUGAUCUUCGGCCGAUUGUUCUCUCUAAUUUUUUCUUUAAAAUUAUCUCUAAAGUCUUGGCGACUCGCCUUAGUAUGGUGGCUGCUGUUUCGGUUUCUCAAAACCAAUUUGGCUUUAUCAAAGGCAGAUCGGCUCGCAUUUCUAUCCUCUGCAAUGGUCGUACUUGGGGCUAUUUCUCCUGCUCUCGAGGAGUUCGACAAGGAGAUCCGCUUUCUCUGAUCUUGUUUGGCAUAGCGGGAGAUGCGCUCAGCAAGCUUUUCCACAAUUGUGUUGCUUCGGGACAUCUUAUCCCCAUGAAGAUGUCUAGAUCUCGCCAGUUUCCUACUCACCUCUUGUAUGCCGAUGACAUUCUGGUUUUCUGUAAAGCUACUGCUGCUAACGCCUUGACGAUUAAGAAGAUUCUUGAUUAUUAUGGUGAUAUUUCGGGCCAGAUAUGUAGUAUGGAGAAAUCUCAUGUUUUCUUCGCGAAAGGAGUUUCUGUUCGUGAUCGUCGUUCCAUUGUGGAGACUCUUCAAUUUUCUACGAAAUCUCUUCCGUUUGUUUAUUUGGGGGUUCCUAUUUGCUGUGGUAGGAUUCGAGAAAGUCAUUUAAGAGCAAUUCAUGACCGUAUCAUUAAUAAAUUUGCUCGUUGGAAAGGGUUACAUCUCUCGAUUGCUGGCCGACUUUGUCUUAUUAAGUCUGUCAUUCAGAGCUCUUUGACGCAUUCCAUGAUGGUUUAUCGCUGGCCUCGGGCGCUUAUCAAAGAUCUGGAUCAGAAAUGUCGCAAUUUUCUUUGGUCAGGAGACACUAAAAAAAGAGCCGUCUGCCCGGUGAGUUGGGAUCGGGUCUGUACUCCUUGGGAAGAGGGUGGUCUUGGAGUUCGCUCCUUUGAUAACAUGAAUAAGAGUUUCCUUAUGAAGUUGGCUUGGAAAGUGAUCAAGGGCAGGGACUUUGGGUACGAUCUACUUCAUGAUCGAUUCUCACUCCUCAAAGCCCCAUGUGGGCUCAGGACUUUUACCAACUUUUGGCUCGAUGACUGGCUUGGUUACUCUAUCGCGGCAAAGUGUGGGGCUCCUCCUUAUUUGCGACUUUCUCAAUCUAUCGCCGAUUACUUUUAUGAUGGAGUUUGGCACUUCACACAAAAUUUUAUCAAUAAUUUUCCGGAGAUUGUAUGUGAUAUCCUGUUAGUUCCAAUCGGCGAGGAAGAUGAUACAAGAUAUUGGAAACCUGCCUUGCAUGGAGAGAUUACGGCUAAACUGGCCUCUUCUCACCAUGGAAACCGACAUCCUAGUGUGAGAUGGGGUAAAUGGCUUUGGGAACCUUACAUUCCGAUACGGAGAUCCAUCAUGUGUUGGCGUCUUAUACACAAUCGACUUCCCACUUAUGACAGGCUCAUUAGGCAAGGUUUAAUCAUGCCUAAUUUUUGCAUUUUUUGCCGCAAUCAUCAGGAAACCGCUUAUCACAUUCUCUGGAAUUGCGCUAGGGUGAUGCUGCUCUGGAAAGAAUUCUUCAAGUGGUUUAACUACGAGCAAGCUCAGAUUUUUUUGGAUACUCAUAGCCUCUUAGUUGAUGCUUGGAAUCGUAAGCUCUGCCCUCAAAUUGGUGUUUUUUGGAAGGCAGGGAUCGUCACUAUGCUUUGGCUUCUUUGGACAACCCGCAAUAAUUAUAUUUUUGAGAAUAAAGAUUGGAACGGAAAACAUAUCAUCCAUAUGGUUCGGGUUACUUUUCUUGAGAUUGAGAGCAACUUUCAUAACAUCGGGCAUAUUCAUAAUACUUGGGAAGACUAUAUGAUCACUAGAGCUAUUGGGAUCUCAGCUCGGUCUGCUCCUCCCCCGGAGGUUAUUAAUGUGCAUUGGUGGCCUCCUUCGGCUCCUUGGAUCAAGGUGAAUACAGAUGGAUCGGCCUUAGGAGCGCCGGGAAAAAUUGCGGCUGGAGGUGUUUUUCGCGACAACUGGGCUUGGGUGCGAGGAUGCUUCCAUGUCAAAGGUGGCGUUGGAUAUGCCUUUGAGGCGGAGCUGUUGGCGAUUACUCAUGCUAUUCGGAUUGCUCAUAACCGUGGCUGGCUUUAUCUUUGGAUUGAAUCCGAUUCGGUUUACAUUGUGAAAAUUCUUGCAAAUCGCUCUUGCAAUGUCCCUUGGCGUUUCAUUGCGGCUUGGCGUGAAAUUCUUCGCCUUCUUCCUGAGUCUCAUCUUCAAGUUACUCACAUUUAUCGCGAGGGAAAUAAAGUUGCGGAUAUCAUGGCCAAUGAUAGUCGCGAGGAGGCUUGCUAUUGGUCGAGCACUUGGCAGGCGCCUGGGCUGUUCAGUAGAGCAGUUGGUGCUGAAAACUUGGUGGUCGGGCUGCACUGGAUGCAGAUGUUGUUUGCUUGCUACGCUGGAGAUUCCCUUUGGCAGCUCGGGUGCGUGGAGCUCUCGCAAGGCUGA